UGUUUGGAAUAAAUAAAUUAAGCAUUUAAAAAAUUAACAAUUUUGCAAAAACGCAUAUUGCGUGCCGCCAAUCCGUCUACUGUGCAACGAAAAUACGUAAAUUCGCUCUAUUUUUUAGGGCAAACUGCACAAGUGUGUGGAAAAAUGUUUAAAGAAAUGAAAGUGGAAAUUGUGUGAUGUCAUUUUAGAGCUGUUCGCAGUCGUUGUUUUGUUAAUUGAAGCAACUUCCUUUGCUCGCUGUUGGCUACCCGCGGUACUGGUGCAUGUUUUAUGAUUGUGUGUUGGAUUGCUUUGGUUUAAUUUGUGUGUAAAUGCAUUGGCAUUUGUGCAAUUUAUUAUUCGUUAAACGGUAAUUUGCUUAUUAAAGUGCGACAAGUGAAACACAUUUAGGGCGCAUUGGAGAAAAAUUCCAAUUUUCAUUCCACUUUGCACGAAAGAGAAAAGGUGAAACGGAACACACACACGCUCACGCACACACACACAGAGCGAACGUUUUAUUGUGUGUGGAGUUAUGAGUGCCGUCUAUGCUAGUGUGUGUGUGUGAGUUUGUAUUUUGGGAGCGGGCAGUAGCAGCCCGCAUCAACAGAAGCAGCAGCAACAGCAGCAAAAAAAAAAACGCUCAACGUCCGGCACUUGUAUUGAUUUCCCUCCAAAAUCAACGAAAUAAAAAUUAAACCCACACACACGCAACAACAACAAACUUACGAUUCCGCCCAAGCAACAAGAGGAGCAAUUGCCACGCCCACGGCUGCAGUAUUUGACCGUCCGCCUGUUGGAGCAGCAGAAACAACAACGCUGCCAUCUUAACACACUCACACACAUUCCUCCCGCAAUCCCCACCAGCUGAUUGUCCCUCUAUCGAUCAUGUCCGGCGCCAAUAGUGGGUCGGCCACGAACGAUGCUGCCACAGAUGGUGGCCAAACCAUUCUGGAGCUGCAAAUGGAAGUAGAGCGUCUGACACGCGAACUCGAUCAGGUGUCCAGUGCGAGCGCCCAGUCGGCCCAAUAUGGUCUCUCACUGCUGGAGGAGAAGUCGGCGUUGGAGCAGAAAUGCGACGAGCUCGAGACGCUCUAUGACAACACAAAACAUGAGCUGGAUAUAACGCAGGAGGCACUCACCAAAUUCCAAACCUCGCAAAAGGUUACCAACAAGACCGGCAUUGAGCAGGAAGAGACGCUGCUGAAUGAGUCAGCCGCACGCGAAACAUCCCUGAACUUGCAAAUUCUGGAACUGGAGAAUGAGAUCAAGCAGCUGCGUCAUGAACUGGAACGCGUACGCAACGAGCGCGAUCGCAUGCUGCAGGAGAACUCAGAUAUUGGACGCGACAAGUCGGACAAUGAGGCCGAUCGGCUGCGACUCAAGUCCGAGCUGAAGGACUUGAAGUUUCGAGAGACGCGCAUGCUGACCGAGUACUCUGAACUCGAGGAGGAGAACAUAUCGCUGCAGAAGCAGGUGUCCAGUCUGCGCAGCUCACAGGUGGAGUUUGAAGGUGCCAAACACGAAAUAGGCCGCCUCAAAGAGGAUUUGGAAUUGCUGCAUCAGCAAGUUGAUGAGUUGGCCAACCUAAAGAAGAUCGCCGAGAAACAAAUGGAGGAGGCGCUCGAAGCGCUGCAGGGCGAACGCGAAGCCAAAUAUGCACUGAAAAAGGAACUCGAUAGCCAUCUAAACCGCGAGUCCAUGUACCACAUCAGCAAUCUGGCAUACAGCAUACGAAAUAUGGAUGAUACCACCAGCACUAAUUCCGAUGGCGAGGAGGAGAACUUGGCGCUUAAGCGACUCGAGGCUGAUUUAACCACCGAGCUCAAAUCACCCGAUGGCACAAAAUGCGAUCUCUUCUCCGAAAUCCAUUUGAACGAGCUGAAGAAGCUGGAGAAACAGCUGGAGAGCAUGGAGAAUGAGAAAUCGCAUCUGACGGCCAAUUUACGUGAGGCCCAAUCGAGUCUGGACAAGUCACAAAACGAACUGCAAAACUUUAUGUCCCGCUUGGCCCUGUUGGCCGCUCACGUCGACGCGCUCGUGCAAUUGAAGAAGCAAAUCGACGUCAAGCAGCAGACCACCGACGAGCAGCAAAAGGAUGAACUGCAGCAACAGCUGCGUGGCAUCAUCACACAGUAUGCCAAUUGGUUCACGCUCUCCGCCAAGGAAAUUGACGGCCUCAAGACUGACAUAGCCGAGCUGCAGAAGGGCUUAAACUAUACGGACGCUAUGACCACGCUGCGCAACGAGGUGACAAAUCUGAAGAACAAGCUGCUCUCCACCGAACAGAAAUCGCUGGAUCUGCAAAGCGAUGUGCAGACGCUCACGCACAUCUCCCAGAACGCAGGCCAGAGCUUGGGCUCGGCGCGCAGCACGUUGGUGGCUCUCAGCGAUGAUCUGGCGCAGUUAUAUCAUCUUGUCUGCACAGUCAAUGGGGAUGUGCCUACGCGCGUGCUUUUGGAUCACAAGAGCGACGAUAUGAGCUUUGAGAACGACUCCCUGACUGCCAUACAGUCGCAGUUCAAGUCGGAUGUCUUCAUUGCACGCCCACAAAUUGUUGAAGAUUUGCAGGGACUGGCCGAUUCGGUGGAAAUUAAAAAGUAUGUGGACACCGUCAGCGAUCAGAUCAAGUAUCUGAAGACUGCAGUGGAGCACACUAUCGAGCUGAACAAGCACAAAGUGCGAGCCGAAGGCGGAGAGGUCACUGAGAAAUACAACCCUGAGGAGAUGGAAGAACUGCAGGAGCAAAUUGUCAAGCUAAAGAGUCUUUUGUCUACCAAACGCGAGCAAAUUGCCACACUGCGCUCCGUGCUCAAGUCUAACAAGCAAACCGCCGAGGUUGCGCUCACCAAUCUCAAGUCAAAGUAUGAGAACGAGAAAAUGGUCGUAAGCGAGACCAUGUCCAAGCUGCGAAACGAGCUCAAGAUACUCAAAGAAGAUGCGGCCACCUUUUCAAGUCUGCGCGCCAUGUUCGCCGCACGUUGCGAGGAGUACGUCACCCAGGUGGAUGAUCUCAAUCGCCAGCUGGAGGCCGCCGAGGAGGAGAAGAAGACCCUAAAUCAAUUGCUCAGGCUGGCAGUGCAGCAGAAGCUGGCACUCACACAACGUCUCGAGGAAAUGGAAAUGGAUCGGGAAAUGCGGCAUGUGCGUCGUCCAAUGCCACCCCAGCGCGGUACCAGCGGCAAGUCAUCGUUUUCCACACGCCCCUCCAGCAGAAAUCCGGCGGGCAGCAACGCGAAUCCCUUCUAACAUAGAAUAAGCGUGCAGCGUAAACUUUUGGCUUUAGUUUAUACAUUGCUUAAGUUGUAAAUUAGUUCGGCAUGCGUCCUCGAAGGCCCUCACAAAUCCACAAGCUGGCACACACAGGAAAUACUACAAAAUGUAUUGCCAACGAAGGUAUAACUAACUAUCUUACGUUCUACUGCGUAUAACUAUUUGUAUCUGUUUGUAUUUGUAUUUAUUGAAAGUUUAGUUAGACGAAAGUUUUUUGUUAGGUAAAAAGUCGAUGAAAUGGUUAUUAACGGUUAGUUACUUAAACGUCCAAUUAAUUUAAUUAAAAAAAACCAAGAGCUAACGUAAAGUGCCAACAAGGCCAUCGUAUUUUUCGAUAUACUUAAGUUAACUGAAAGUUCUCUCAACUUUCGCAUUAAAUGAUUUGAGUUUUGUUAACAACGCUGCGCGCAAGCGAUUAAAAUUUAAAUGGUGAAUCAGAUGAGAUAUUUUGAUCAAAUUUAUUAUUGAUAAUUGACAAAUGUAUUAAUUGGCUAGCAAACCAUGAGUAUUUUCUCAGCUGCUGCCAAAACGACAGCGUUAAUAUGUACGUAAAAACAAUUAAAAAUGAAAAGUAGAAAGUGUGCAGCAACACAAAUUUUUCAAAUGUGACUGCCCCCGAACGCAAAUGUAAAAUAUAAAUCAGUAUAAAAGUGUAAAACUCUAUAAAAGUUAUAAGUAGCCAUUGGCUACGUCUCAAAGACGUCGUUUCUCAAUGAUUUUUGUAUUUAUUGUGCGUCCCAUAGAGGAGACGACAGCAACAGUAAUCAACUAGAUUAAUUAUCUUUGUUUGCAAUGAAUGAGAAAAAAACCUAGUUUUUUUUGUUUAUGUAGCCUAAGCAGCUGAAAUAAUAAUAAUAAUUUAUAUUUUAUGUGCAUUAUUAUUUAAUUACAAUUUAAUUGCAACAACAAAAAAAGUAAAUAUACCUUGAUAAAACCAUUAACAUUUACUAGCUAAAUUCAUUUGUAUUUACUUUAAGUAAAACAGAACUUAGACAUCAACCUACACAUUUGUUUGUUUGUAUUUUAAAAGCACGGCGCUGCAAUUUCGAUUUUCGGCGACGCCGCAAAGUAUGCUAUACUAUUUUAUCGUGCACGCUCCCCCAGUGGCGGCCUAAGAGCAGCAACUAAAUUUAUACUAUAAAACAUAAAAUAGCCAGCAUGCGUUAAAGUUUAACAAAGUAUUUAUGUAUUAGUAGCAAAUAACUGAAGAAAGUAGUGACAAAAGCACGCACUUAGCACUUAGUAGCAGUUUUUCUCUACCCUUUCGCCAACAUUUGUUGCUUCUAUUUGUGUUCGGAGAAAUCCACUUGAAAUUCAAAAAUAUACUGAACGUGGAGAACGUGAAGAAUAUUGUGUAAAUUACCGAGCCAUUAAAUUGAAUUUAUAUUUAAUAUAUAUAUGUGAAAUUCUCUCACACAAACACACACAUACUCACCAGCACAGCAACAACAACAAAAAAACAAAAUAACAUGAACAGACAACAAGUUGUCAAUAGAAAUUAUUUACUACAUACGCAACUAAAUGGAAAACAAACAUAUUGUAAAUAUAUUUAUACAAGCCAUUAAAGUUAGUAGAAUUUGAAGAAUGAAGUGAAAUAAUAAGCAAAAUGACGACGAAGCAAGCUAUUUGUUAAAUCUAAACUAAUUAUACAUUGAGCGACAAAAUGCAUAUUUCAAAAUGAUUUUAUUGUAAUUUUUACCGUCCCUUUUUGCAAACAGACCGAUCGGUGAGCCGCGGUUUGAAGUCUAUUUAUGCAACUCACUGAACCAACAAAAAAGAGAGAUAUUUAAAAUGAACAAAAAAUAUAACAGACAACUUUAUGUUUCAUGUCCAAGCAACAGUCAGAGUCUCAGCCAUCAAACAAAUAUACAUACAUAUGCAUCGAUCGUAACCCAGAACAGGCCAAAAUAUUGAUAAAUUUAAAUACGAUAUAUAAAAUAACGGAUUACAUAUUUCAAUUAGUGAAUAUUACUAUGCGCCCAGCAAACUAAACGACAAAUUAAACAUAAAGCAAGAUAGUUAUCUAUUUCGUAAAAGCAAUUGAAUUUAAGAGAUUUCAGAGAUAUCAUAUUUAAGAUAAGUUUUACGAUAAACAACGGCAACCAGACAUUGCCUCCGAGUGGUAUUGUGAACAUAUGAGAAUGCAACAGAGUAUGCAAAAAAAAGUAAAUAAAUAAAAAUUAAGAGGAAAUA